UCUUCACUCAGAGCUCGAGGUCCAACAGGCGAUAUGGCGGUCUCUGCACGAAUCCACAUGCUUCUCCUAUUGAUUUCCCUACUGUCAAGGCUGGGACUUGGUCGCUAUAUUGAGGAUAAUGAAGCUGCAGAAGGUCUUUAUUCUAUGCUUAGUUUGGAACAGAAAAGAUCAUCGGAGGAUUUUAUUUUCCGCCGACCCCUAAGAUGCCUGGACAUGUUAGCCACCGAGGGCCAGUUCACCUUCAUGACUGCCCAGCCACAGCUAGCCUGCGCUGCCUUCCUGAUUGGAGAGCCCACUGAGGUCAUCAGUCUGGAGCUGUCUGACGUCAACAUUGACUGCAGCGCCGGAGAUUUUAUCAAGAUAUUCGACGGUUGGGUCCUGAAGGGAGAGAAGUUCCCGAGCAGCCAAGACCACCCACUGCCCCUCCGCCAGCGCUACACUGACUACUGCUCCUCCAGCGCAGCGGGGGGCGCCGUCCUGUCCUCCCAGAACGUAGCCAUGGUCUUCUUCCGCAUUCACAGCCCCGACAGUGGCUUCACCCUCACUGUCAAGAAGCAACACAACCCCAUGCCCUGUAACAUCAUGUCUCAGAGCCCAGAGGGAAGCUUCACCAUGGUGAUGCCCCAUCAUCACUGGAACUGCAGCUUCUCUAUCAUAUAUCCAGUGGAGCUGCAGCUGACAGAACUCAGCCUGGGCCAGGCCAAGAGCAACGAGCUUAGUCCACAGAGGCCAAUGCGGUGGGGCUGCACAGGGUCUGGGGACUAUGUGGAGUUGCUGGGGGGGAACGGCGUGGACACCUCCAAGAUGUAUCCCAUGGCUGACCUCUGCUUCUCCCCCAGUGGACUGACCCAGAUGAGGAUGGGCUGUGAUAACUCGGUGGUGCGUCUGGUGUCCAGCGGGAACUACGUCAACCGCGUCUCCUUCCGCUACAGACUGCUUGGGCGUAGCGAGCAGCCUCAGGCCUCCGAGAACAGCCUGGACGACUUCUGCACUGUGGGAUAAGAUGUCUCUCUCUCCCUCACACACACACACACACACACACACACACACACACACACACACACACACACACACA